GUGUGCAAGGUGCAUGGGGGUGCACGGCGUGCCUGGGGUGCACGGGGGAUGCUCCCUGCCUGCAGAGCAUCGCAAGAAAUCGCCGUGCAGCUGCGAUGGAGCAGAGAUGCUCUUGCCCUGUUCCUGCCCAGCACCUCGGCUGGGUGGGUGCAGCCGGCAGCACCCCCAGUUGCUCGCGGGGUUUCCGUGCCGUGCCCGGCUGCUCCUGCCCAGAGCGGAAGAGCCGAGGUUCGGGCAGUGGAAAUAAUCUCCUGGCCUCAAGAGAUCCCAGUGAAACACAUCCCUGGAGUGCGUCACCCCCGGGCUGCAAAGGGCCUGGCAGGGCGGCGGGAGUGCGAGUGUGCAAGGCAGCAGCGCUGCCUGCAGCCCUGCCUGCGCUGCCAGGCAAGCAGCUCUGCGCCGGGGCAGGGGCUGCAGGCUGCCAGCGGUGGCCGGCUUGCAUGGUCCAGUUUGCUCUGGCUGGUUUGCACGCCCCGACUUGCUAUCACUGGUUUGCACGCUCCAGUUUGCUCUCUGGAUCGCACACUUCAGUUUGCUCCCUCUGGUUUGCACGCUCCAGCUUGCGCACUUGGGUUUGCAAGCUCCAGUUUGCUCUCACUGGUAUGCACGCUCCAGUUUGCUCUUCAAGGUUUGCACACUCCAGUUUUGCACUGGUUCGCUCACCACCUCCCACCCCAGCAGCCCAGUUUCGGUCCCCAGUCCGGCCCCGUGUGGCUCAGGGCUCUCCCUGUGCUCCCCAGCUGCUCCCCGGUGCAGGCAGGGAGCAGGCAGGGAGCUCGAGACGCAGAGGAUGGCACACUCCUGCCGUCAUCCCUUGCUGGUCCCCUUCACUGGGCAGAGCUGGGAGCAGAUCUGGGUGCCGUGGAGCAGAGCUGGUUGCCCAUGGAGCAGAGCUGCGUGCCCAGGAGGCAGAUUUGGGUGCCAUGGAGCAGAGCUGGGUGCCAGGGAGGAUAACUGGGAGGACCCUGCCUGCCAGACCCCGUGCUGGGGUGGCUUUUGGCCAGGCACAUGCCUGACACACGUCCACCUGCCUGGUCAAACUCCGUCAUAUCCAGACAUUGAUUUUUAUUGCUCGAUGAAGCUUGGAGCAGCCGAGAUGAAGACAAGAAUUUGGGAACGAAGGCAGUGGCUGGGCAGGCAGGUUCGGGGUGGGGAGGGGUGCGUGGCUGGAUCCUGCCCGCCGCUGUGGAUGCAGAGAGCUCACAUCCCUCCCCGCCGGGUGC